AUCAUUAUUAUUAUGUCAAUAGACAAUUCUAAACUAUUAAUACAAGAUAUUUCAAAACUCUUCAAUAAUUCGAAUAAUUAUGACGUUAAAAUAAUUGUAGGAAAAGGUAAUAAUAUUGAGAAAUUUAAUGCUCAUUCGGUUAUUUUAAGAGUGAGGUCAAAUUAUUUUAGUACAAUAUUAAAGAAAUGGACUAAAAAUGUUAUCAUUCCAAAUAUUAACCCACAUGCUUUUAAAAUUAUAUUAAAGUAUUUUUAUACUGGAGAUUAUUCACUUGAUGAAGAAAACAACGAAAAAUAUAUUAUUGAUCUCCUUAUUGCUGCCGAUGAAUUAGGAAUAUUUGAAUUAGUUGAACAUAUUCAAGAGAAUAUUAUCUAUAGUAAAGUUAGUUGGAUACAAAAUAAUUUUAUGCAGGUUUAUAACUUAGCUUUCAAAAAUGUAGGGUUAGAAUUUAUUCGAAAAUAUUGUGACGAAUUGAUUAGUAAAAAUGUCGAAUUAAUUUUUGAAUCACAUAAUUUUAAUUUGAUUGAUAAAUCCUUACUGAUUUCGAUUAUAAAGAAAGAUGAGCUUGCGCUUGGAGAAAUUGAAAUUUGGAAUUACGUUAUCAAAUGGGGAAUGGAGCAAAAACCUCAAAUUAAUUCAAAAAUAUCAGAUUUAACACAAGAUGAUUAUGAGGAACUAAAAAAUAGAUUGCAUGGAAUAUUAGAACACAUUAGAUUUUUUACAAUGUCUAGUGAUGAUUUUUGGAAUAAGAUUUGGCCAUUAAAAGAUCUCUUACCGGAUAAUAUAUUAAAUAAAUUAGUUAAUUAUAAUCUUCCUUCGAGGAUACCUCCACCAACAGGUUCAUUAUCAAAAAGAAUACCAAAAAUGUUAAAUGAUUCUAAUAUAAUUAAUUAUAGACAAGCAAACAUUAUCGCAAAUUGGAUCGAUAGGAACGAUAAUAAAUUUGCACAUAAAUUAGGUACUACUUACAAUUAUGAACUUUUACUUCGUGGUAGCCGUGAUGGAAUGGAUAUGAAUCAUUUUGAGUCCAUAUGUUGUGAACAAAGUAAUACCCUUGUUGUAAUCAAACUACGAGGAUCAGAUAAAAUAAUUGGCGGGUAUAAUCCAAGGCAUUGGAGCUAUUAUGAUGAUGAUUAUUAUCUCGACGUUGAUUUAACUGAUAUCGAUUCCAACAUUGAUUUUGUUUACAAUAAUGGUGACGAUGAUGACAAUGAAGACGAUGACGAUGAUGAUAACGAUGAUAACGAUGGUGACGAUGGUGACGAUGGUGAUGAUGGUGAUGAUGGUGAUGAUGGUGACGAUGGUGAUGAUGGUGGUUAUGAUGGCUUUGUUUAUGGUGAUGAUGAUUUUGACGAUGAUGUGUGGUUAAAUUGGUUAUAUACUAGUAAUUCCUUCAUAUUUUCUUUCGAUAAACUUGAAAUGGAUUCGUACAUUUUAAGUCGAGUUAAAAACGUUAGUCGUGCAAUUGUUUUCGACUGGAAAAUUGGAUUUGGAGAUUUGCAAUUUUUCCCUGACGGAAAUUAUAAUCAUCGUUAUUACAAAAAAAAGAUAAUUGACACAAAUUCAUUUAUUAUAGAGGAUUAUGAAGUAUUUAGUGUAUUUUAAUAACUUUGAAUUUGGAAUCUUUUUAUACAAAUUUAGAAAUCUUCAUAUUAUACUUCUUGAUGACUCUCCACUGAUCAUAAUCUUGCCCCAGAUCUAUAGUCCUUCUCACAUAUUAGGUGAAUUACCUUUCUUAUAGUAUUAACAUUUUUAGAAUUUCUUUGUCCAUAAUUAAUAAGCUAAGACUAUCGAUACUAUCUUAUAUGGUAGAUUAGAAGUUAUUAGCAAAAUGGUCAAUAAGUCACUGGUGCGGAUGGAAAG